ACCCAAAAUGAAGCUUCCUCUCCAUUCCCCUUCUCCUACUCCUCCUCUGCAGAAGUCUCUCUCUCUCUCACACACAUAUGCACAAAUUCUUUUGAAGGAGAAGAUUGGAAGCUAGUUUCUCUCUCCAGCUUCAAGCUUCAAAGAGAAACAGAGAAAUCAAAGAGAGAGAGAAUAUAUAAGACUUUGUUCACUGGGAUGCUUUGAGGGGCCUUAACAAUGGAGAGCAUUCUUGUCCAGGCUGAUCUUGCAACUUCAGAGAAAAAUGGUGCUACUGUUGUGUUGGAUAUAGAGAGUUUACUAGUACAAGCAGCCUUGGAAAGAUGUUCAGGGAGCCCUAAAAUGAACAGGGCAUUGUCUCGAAAAUGGUCGUAUCGGGCAGAGAAAUGGAGUACAGAUGCAGAGGAAGAAGACGUGGAAGAACCAGGAAAGAGAUCUCUAACAAAAGUGAAUUCUCAGUUGGAGGCAUUGAAGCAGCUGAACAAAGCUGUUGCUCCACCCACAACUUGCGUCCCUGUUAAUCCGACAGACUCCAUCGACAGUCGGAACAAGAGGUUUAGCCGCUUAAUGACCAUCAAUCCACGAAAGAUCCUCUUCAUCUUUGCAACUGCGUCCAGUAUGGGCACACUGAUACUCAUAUACUGCACCUUGGCAAUCAAUAGAAGGGGACAAUAUUCAUAUCCUCUUUGAUUUCCAUCAAAAUCAUGCCAUCAUUCCCUUUCCAGCUUGUGUUUUUAUUUUAUUUUUUGCAGCUAAAAUGUCCUCUCUCUACCGAACACUUGGUGGUGGGUUUAAUCUGAUAUAUGUUCAAAUGUCCCUCUCUACCAGUUCUUGGUUGGUUAGUUUAAUUUGUUAUAUCAAGUAGCUUUUUGGGAGUGCAAGUGUAUGUAUGUCAAUGUUCACAAAACUUGAAGGUUAUGCCCCUAAACUUUUACACUCUUGAAGAAAA